AUGUCAUUGAUCAAGGACUCUACUAAAAUUGUUAUCACCGGUACCUCCUCGAACUUGGGAUUCAACAUAGCAGUCCGUUUACUUGAGCGCUUACCCAAUGACAAAGAGAUCACGUUAAUUGUCACCUCAAGAACACUCCCCAAAGUGAAAGAUGUCAUUACCGAUAUAAAAAACUACAUCAUCAACAAAAUCCCUGAAAAAGUCGAUUUGGUUGAAUUUGACUACUUGUUGGUGGAUUUCACCGAUAUGGUUUCCAUAUUAUCCGCGUAUUACGAGUUGGACAAGAGCUAUACCCACAUUGAUUACUUGUUUAUCAAUGCAGCUCAAGGUGUAUAUGGUGGGAUUGAUUGGUUGCAGGCAAUUGUCGAAGUUUUACAAAACCCGAUCCAAGCAGUCACGAACCCCACUUACAAACUUCAACGGACUGGUGUACAAUCAGCAGAUAAUCUAGGUCUUGUUUUUCAAGCAAAUGUGUUUGGGCCUUACUAUUUCAUCCACAAAAUUAAACAUCUUUUGGCCAAUGGUGGAAAGAUUAUUUGGAUCGGUUCACUCAUGUCUCAUCCUAAGUACUUGUCAUUCAAUGAUUUACAGUUAUUAAGGUCUCCGGAAUCCUAUGAAGGGUCAAAGCGAUUGGUUGAUUUGCUACAUUUUGGAACAUAUAAACAACUUAAAAAAGAAGGUAUUGACCAAUUCUUGGUACACCCGGGAAUUUUUACAAGUUUUUCAUUCUUUCAAUUUUUGAAUGUAUUCACCUACUAUGGCAUGUUGGCCUUGUUCUACAUGGCUAGAUACUUGGGAUCACAAUAUCACAAUAUAUCAGGCUAUAUUGCAGCUAAUGCUCCAGUCGCGGCAGCAUUGGGCAAAACGAAACAAACAUCGAAAGUUGGUUCUGCUUGUACUAGAAGUGGUAAGGAAUACUUGAUCGAAGAGGAAGUGGAUACCACGGGGCUGGAAGACGUUGCUCAUUAUUUGGAAACUUUGGCAAAUGAAUGGGAUGAAAAAUUCAAAGACCAAAUUGUCAAUACACGUAUUCCUUAA